AUGUCGACAACGAUUCAUGAAUCUUCAAGCGAGGGCUCAAUCGUCAUCAUCCAGGAAGAGGAACUCGAAGAAGUUCAACCCAGCACCGCACAUCAGCAAAAGCCACAAGAACCUGCGGCCGGGCAGAGCGAUUUCGUCUGGGCGCGGGGUCCGUACACCAUCAGCGAACAUGAAGAGCUCGGCGUCGUCUCGGCGGCAAUGCUCUAUUUCGGAUUCGCUGUGCUGAUCGGGUUCGCCUACUUUGCCGAUUUCCUGCGGAAGCACCGGCUGAUCGACACGGAGACGGGGCAGGCUCGGGAGCGGGUUGAGCAAGAGAGCUUCGCCUCGCUCGACAACGGUUUCGAAUCGACGUUCGUGAACAACAUCUACCGGAUGGCCACCGACGUUGUCAACAGGCCGAUCGUCGGCGUUCCCGGAGCGGUUGUGCGGCUGAAGGAUCGGAUCACGCGGAAUUUCGGCUGGUCGUACGAG